UAUUCUAAACCGUCGUCAACGAAGCAAGUCAUGAGGACUGGAAAAGACGUAUACAAAUGGACGUGCAAAGAUGUGGGUUUUUGGCUUAAAGAAAACGGUUUCGAAGAUCAUGUGGAUCUAUUUUCCAAACAACAUAAGAUAGACGGUGACGCUCUUCUUGUCCUAAAUGAAGAUGACUUAAGAAAUCCGCCGCUGGAGUUGAAAGUCCUCGGCGAUAUCAAACGCUUAUCUCUGGCGAUCGCUUCUCUUCAAAGGAAACACAGCCAGCCGACGCACGUAGCACUCCCUAAUGGUGCGAAUGGAAAAUUUAAACGAAAAUUUGUUGACCAGAUUGAUAGCGUGGACGGUUUUGGCGGACAGUUGAGACGAAGCAAUUUUUCGGAUUCUGAUAUGGAUGAUGACGGGCCCGAUGUUCAUCCCUUCUCAAAUAUCUCUGAAACAGGGAGAACGUUGAUCAGUUUGGUGUAUGCGUUUUCAGUAUUUUUUGUCACUUCGUUUGUAAUGGUUUUCGUCCACGAUCGCGUACCAGACAUGAAGAAAUAUCCUCCUUUACCUGACAUAGUCCUCGACAAUGUGCCGCUCAUACCGUGGGCGUUUCAAAUGUGCGAGGUCACAGCGCUUAUUUUGACUGCCGUUUUAACUACCGUUUUGUUCUUCCACAAGCACAGAGUUAUUGUAAUACGGAGAAUAGCCGCUUUGUAUGGAACAGUGUUUCUUCUACGGUGUGUUACAAUGUUCGUUACGUCUCUCAGUGUUCCUGGAAUCCAUUUGGAGUGCUCUGGAAAGUUGUAUGAUGACACUUGGACUAAGUUAACAAGAGCUUUUGAGAUCCUGUUUGGUUUUGGGAUGUCAGUAAAUGGUGUUCGUACAUGUGGGGACUAUAUGUUCAGUGGCCACACAGUUUCCAUCACCUUGUUGAAUUUCUUUGUAACAGAAUAUACACCAUACUACAUGUACUACCUACACACCUGCUGCUGGGUUCUGAAUAUGUUUGGAAUCUUCUUCAUCUUGGCUGCCCAUGAGCACUAUUCCAUAGAUGUUGUUAUUGCUUUUUAUAUUUCUUCCCGUCUGUUUCUUUACUACCACACUCUCGCUAACACUCAAGCACUUAAAUGGAUUGAUAGCAAAAGGACCCGCAUAUGGUUCCCACUUUUUUGGUUCUUUGAAGAAAAGGUGUCUGGCAAGGUGCCAAAUGAAUAUGAAUGGCCUCUUAAAUGGCCCAGGUUUAUGUGCAAGAAAUCCAAGUCCCAUUAAAAGCCUGCAUGUGCAUUGAGAUCAAUAACUGAACUAGCUGGUUAAAGAAUGAAUAAGGUAUGAUUUUGUAAGUUUCAUCACAGGAGUUAGACCACUUGAAAGUGGUCAUGUAGGAAAAUAUGUAUCUUGGUUACAGAGAUAGUAGUGUCUAGGGAAGGCAAUCAUCUCUUUUUUGAAAACUCAGCCAACCAUAUUGACCAGAGGCUUUGCAAAAGCCAAAGUACCACCCUCUUCCCCCCUAAAAACACCUCCCUUAUUGGGAAUUGUUGUGUUUAAAUGUAUAACACUACACCUAUAUGUACUUGUAGUACACAGUGCAUAUGUAAUUUAUUUUGAAAUAUUUAUGAUAAUUAUUUGAAGAUUUUCAAAGCUGAAAUUGUACUCUCAGUAAUGUUUCUUUGACUAACCACAUUUAAAACAGAAAAACAUUAAAAACAUUUCAAGUGAAACAUUUCUCUGAAUUUAAAACUGGUGAGAUUAACAACAGUCACUUUUGCAAUGAGAAGGAACUAACUGAGAUAAGAGUUUCAUAUUUUUUGAUGACGAUUUUAAUUUAAUUGACUAUUGUGAAUGUUAUGGAUUGGAUUUCAUUGAAUUCUAUUAUACUUUGAACUAUUUAUUUUAAUUGAUUUUUGUGGGUCUGAAAUAAAUGUCCAGGGCCAGUUUAGCAAUGUACAAAGAUGUGACCAUUACUUUACGUAGAGGAAAGAAGCAUUUUUUCCCUAUAUCACUGUGGGCUGACAUCAAGCAUUGUGAAAGAGACCUACUGACAUUCAUAAGGAAGAAAAUUUGUUUGAAAGAUGUGUACUCUAGAGAGAGAAAUUUUUUAAUAUAUUAUUUAAGAUUAUUAGCUUAAUUUUUGUGGGGAAUUACUUGAUAGUAAAAGCUAUUAUUUGCUUAAUUUUAUGAUUCAAAUAACAAAGGCAGCUAGUAUGUGGUAGAUCACUUUGUUUGAAAAAAGUCCAUCAAGUUAAAUGAGAUAGGUCAUUAAAAAUCACUGUAAACUUUACAGGGAUGUUGUUGAUCAAAAAAAUUUGUAAUGGUUCUGCUAUCAAGUUUAUUUUUUGGCUUUAUAUUUAAUGUUAUAUGUGGGUAAGAAGGUAUAGAAAACCUGGUUGUUGCAGUUUUCUCAAAUUGUUAUAUUAUAUAUAAUAAUAUAAAUAAUUUAAAUAUAUUUUGACCUUAAAUUAUCAGCAAAUGUAUUAAUGAGUGUUGAAAUUAAAA